AUGGCCUCCCUCAGAGCAAUCCUGGCCUCUAACCAACAGCUUGACUCAGCCCUCCCUGCUGGCCUGGUGGCCAUCUUUAUUGGUGCAACAAGCGGCAUUGGUGAGACAGCAAUAAAGCAAUUUGCUAAACAUACUAAUGCACCACGCAUCUACUUCAUUGGCCGCACAGCCAGCUGGGCGGAACGCAUUAAAACAGAACUCAAGACCAUCAACCCGAAGGGCAGCUACUUCUUUCUGCAAUGUGACGCCAGUCUGCUCAAGAGCGUUGACGAGGUUUGCCAGGAGAUUAGGGCCAAAGAGACAGCAAUUAGUCUGCUCUUUUUAAGUAUUGGCAGUCUUAUCACUGGGACAAGGACUGUGGAAAAUCUACAUUACUUUGCUGCACUGACGUACUACUCCCGCAUCCGCUUUGCUGUGAACCUCCUCCCACUCAUCCGUACCGCCCCUGCGCUGCGCAGGGUCAUAACUGUGUUCGCCGGCGGCAAGGAGGGCCCUAUCAUUGCUGACGACUUCCCUGGGUUUAAGCUAUCUGCCACUGCAGGACGCGGGCAUUUUGCGUCCAUGCUGACGCUCUCCUUUGAGGUACUAGCCCAGAGAGCACCAGAGGUCUCUUUCAUACAUGACUAUCCUGGAUUUGUUAAAACAGACCUCGCGCGAGGCACCAAGGGCGUUGGGAUGGUGAUCACCAAGGGUUUAUUCAAGGUCAUUGGUCCAUUUUUGUAUAUCCCCACUGAGGAGGUUGGUGAGCGGCAAACCUUCUUUGCUACUAGUAUAAGAUUCCCACCCGCCUCUGGUGAUGCCAAGGGCGUGCCCUCUGAAGGAGUCGGUAUUGCCAUGGGGACUGAUGGAAGGAAGGGUAGUGGUGUGUACUCAGUGCAUCUAGAUGGGGAGACCAAAGUGCAAGAGGUGUUGUCUAAGUUGAGGGAGAGCGGGUUGAAGGAUAAGAUGUGGAAACAUGUCGAGGAGUUUAUUCGCGUAACAGGGAGUGUAUCAAUAUAG